UUCUUCGUUGCCCUUAUUCAAAUCGAUACUAACAUAUAUGUAAUAAAGAAAGACAGCAAGACAAAUAUACAAGCCAAAUUUAACCAUUCCAACCACUGUUCCAUAUACCCAGCGAAAUAUCAUUCUGACGAUCGAGUAUACGACGUAAAGCAACGCGAAAAGAGUGAAGA